GGGCGGCCCCGGCGCGACGCCCCGAGUGGCGGUUGUUUCAAGAUGGCGGACGUGGCGGGCCCCUCCCGCCCCGGCGCGGCGGCGUUCUGGAGCCGGGACUUUUCUGAUGAAGAGCAAUCAGUAGUGUAUGUUCCAGGAAUUUCUACGGAAGGAAAUGCCAGAUCAAGACACAAGUUGAGUCCAAAAGCUGAUGUCAAACUUAAGACUUCCAAGGUUACUGCUGCUUCAGUCUCCAUGGAGUCUUUAAAAGGUGCAGGAGACUCGGUAGAUGAACAGAAUUUCUGCAAGGGAGGAAUAAAGAGUGCAUCAUUGAAGGAUUUAUGUCUCGAAGACAAAAGACGCAUUGCAAAUUUAAUUAAAGAACUGGCCAGAGUAAGUGAAGAAAAGGAAGUGACAGAAGAACGACUCCGAGCUGAGCAGGAAUCAUUUGAGAAGAAGAUCAGGCAGUUGGAGGAACAGAAUGAACUGAUCAUCAAAGAAAGGGAAGCUCUUCAGCUACAAUAUAGAGAAUGCCAAGAACUUCUCAGUCUCUAUCAGAAAUACCUAUCAGAACAGCAGGAGAAGCUCACCAUGUCCCUCUCAGAACUUGGUGCUGCUGGAAUGCAGGAACCACAGGUAUCCAAUAGGAAGAGCACUCUUCGGUCUUCAGCUAUGGAACUGGAUGGCUCCUACUUGAGUGUAGCCAAAUCACAAACCUGCUAUCAAACCAAGCAGAGGCCUAUGUCUGGAAUCCAAGCCUCCGCUUCAGAAUCCCUUGUGGAGUUUAAGAAUAAUUCUUUGAAGCCAGCAGAUUUUCAUUGUCCUAAAGAGGACCAAGACAGGGUGCCAUUAGAGACCAGAACAUGUGAUUAUGGAUCCCCAGGGAGAAAACUAGUAGACGCAGUCCCUACAGAGAAAGCCCCACCAGCAGAAUUGAAGAUGAAACAAUGCCAACACCUGAAGCCUUCUCCAUCCAGUCAGUGUUGUGGUCAUAGACUUUCUGAAAAUGAAGAUCAUGUUCAUGAAAGUCAUCCUACGCACAUGGCCCCUCAAUAUUCCAAAACACAUCUGGAAUCAUGCAAUAAUUGUGGGCUUUCCUGGGCAUCCCUGCUGCAUGGUCAAGGAACACAGCAGGCUAGUGAAACUGAUGUCAGAAAGCAACUCUCGGAAAAUAGAAGGCAGCAACUUAUGCUUCAGAAAAUGGAGCUGGAAAUUGAAAAAGAGCGCCUUCAGCAUCUGCUGACCCAGCAGGAGACAAAGCUUCUCCUGAAACAGCAGCAGCUUCAUCAGUCUCGACUGGAUUAUAAUUGGUUAAGAAAUCAAGCUGUAUUUAAGUCAAGAGAACUCGUUGCUGCUAAAGAGUUUACUAAACCCCGAGAACUCAAUCUGGAUAUGAAUGGGGAUGACUCUGGACCAAGUUUAUUGAAGUCAAAAUAUUCUGACUGGCUGCUGGGAGCAUCAUCAUCCAUCAAAAAGUACCAGGAGUCCACUAACAGUGGUGAAAAUAGAAGGGAGAAGAAGACAGUUGGGUUUCAAUCACAAACAGAAGAUAAUGCCCUAUGGACAUGUCAAAAGAAAGAUGCAUAUCGACCCCAAAGAGGGACAUUGGCAGGAAUUAGAAAAGAUGCGUCCACAUCUCCUAUGACAACAGGAAGCCAAAAGGAGCUUGUAAUCACAACCACAUCAUCACUGCAGCAUGACACUUCCCGUUUAGAGAGAAGCAUGAAAAGGAAGAAUAAAAUAUUUCCCCAGUAAGAAUUUUGUAGAACAUUCUCAGCACACGUUUUCUGAAUGGACCAUAUCAACUUUGUACAAUUUUACAAGCCCAGGUUAAAUUUGCUGUGAAGACUCAUAUUUACGCACCGAAAAAAAAGAAUUCUCUGUUAGUUCUUAAUACUGCAAAUCAGCUGAAUAUAGUUUCUCAAAGGUUUCUUAAAUAAUGAGUACUUGGCUACAUAAAAACGAUGUGCAACACACUGGACUUCAUCCUUAGAAGUGCAUGAUGGCAUAUCAUAGGUCUAUUAUACAAAGCGCAGAGUUGAAAAAAAAGAUCCAGUACUAUGAAAAUCAGUUACCAGGAAGGCACAGUGGUUGCUUUCCAGACUUCAGAAUCAGGAUUAUUUGAAUUAUUUUUAUUUCAAAGUGUAGAAAAGGAAUUUUAUAUAGACUACUUUUCAGUUACACACAAACUCUUAAUAUAAGACAAAACUCAGUUCAUCCUAACAAACCUUUGAAGGUACUGAGAACAAGAGUAAAAGCCUGUCCACCCUUAAUUCUGGGAAUUUUCAAAACUUGCAAAAGAGGAUGAGGGUGGGACAGAUGCUGGUGGGAAAAAGGUUCUUGUUUAUUCUCUGAUAAGUACUAACACCUAGAAGAGUCCCACAUGGUUCCAUGUGCAGGUGAUAAAACCAGGCGUGCAAAGUCAUCUUUCUCAUUCACAAUGUGGGCUGUUAAUUGUUCUUUCUGCUGCCUGUCAAUAUAAUGUGAAAUUUUCAUUCCCCAUUCAAGAUGGAAAAAGUUGUGGCUGAAAAUGUUAACAUUUGCAUUUUUAUUUGUUGAUUUAUUUAAAGGACAGCCUCUCCUGCAGCAAUCCAUCACUUGGUGACACCCCAAAUAUGAAUAAUGUAUUGUAGACUUGCGGUUACAAUGUGUAAUAAGUGCUAGAGACAGUAAAGGAAUGUUAACUAUGUUGCAAAUGUAAUAUUUAUUGACUCAUAAAGUUUAUUGCUUUCAAGGUUCAAUAAUACUGACCAUAGGACAUUAAUAUCGCUUAUCCUGAUUUUAGCUGGGCACCUUUAUAUGUAGAAAUAUUCAUCUAUCUCAUGCUAACAAAAUAAAUACAUAAUUUGCAGCACAAGCAAAGGAGGCUUUAUAGUUUUCUGUGCUGAGGGCUGCGGUGCUUCUUUGUCUGGCCUUCAGCAUUGGUCACACACCCCUGAGCUGUCCGAGAGAGUAAGCGCGGCAGUCAUCUUGGCACAAGAGCGUGGUGCUGUGGCACCAAACAGUGCCAUGCAUUUCUGCCUCACUGGCACAGGUAACACCUCACAAACCCACUUCCCCUGGAGAGAGGACUAGAGGGCUUUCCUCCCUGUCGUUCUGAACACCUGGUGGGGGGUGCACCUAUGAUCAGAGAGUUCAACAAAUACUUCUCCUGCCAUGACCCAGAGUCAGAGUUUACAGAUUCCACUUGAUCCUCUAGUCUCCAAGGUGAAACCAGAGCUGGUCAGGUUACCAACUAAUUUGUUAUGAGCACAACUGUUACUGAUAAUUAACCCUUUUGUGCCUUCCAGAAUUAAGUAUGCCCAUUGCCACCAAGAAAGAUCAUUCAGGAAAUAUCUGACACCCAAAGCAAAAGAAGUCAUGUUAAUUAGCAACCAUCAGCUGUAAUUGUCAUCCCCAUUAAGAUGCAGAAUUAUGUAUUUCUUCGUUAUA